GAGAGAAGUUAGUCACUCACGUUUGAAGCAUGUUAGUAUAAUUUUUGUAUUUCCUAUAGAGUUUACUGUUUCCGUUUCUGUAAGCAUUCAAUCGAUUAAAACUAAAAUUUAUUUAUAGCAGCGAAAGUCGUUCUUGAUAAGCGUCCAUUUUUUGUUUCAAUCGUUUUUACUGAAUGAAUGACAUUUCCAAUUACGUUCUUUCUUUGUUCAACGCCUUAUAGAUUAUCAUUAUGUGUGUUAUAAAGCAAAGCUGAGUGAAACGUGCAUUUAAAGUAACCUUGACAAAAGAGACCUUGUCUGGAGAAACUACUGCUUAAUCUGUAAGAACGAAAACCAGACCUCAUGGUAAAAUGAAGUUUCAUAAAUCAUUGAUUGCUUCGGUAAUUCCGAACGAUUCCAAAAUUCUAGGAUGUUCUGCAGUUAUAGUUUGGUACUUUGAAGUUAAUUUACAUUGCAAUAUGCAACAGUUAAGGUGAAUCAAUUUUUACAACUAUGUGUGCUUUAUAUGAAUUCAACUGCAUUCCUUCCAGUCAAAAUCGAUUGACUGACAAUGCUAUAAAGAAUAUGGCUCUAGUUCAGUCAUUAAAUUGUGCAUCUGAUCACUUGUCUUGUGAUUCUGCUGCCACAAAUUUGAAGGCAGCUAAGCCGUAUAAUGAAGCUGCUGCAGCAUCUUUAAACUGUGCCAAUACAUCUCUAGAAUCUCAACAUUUGGUCGAGAAAUCUUUGGUUGUAAAUGAUAAAAAAUCUUUGUAUAUGUCCAAAGCAUGUAAAUAUUCAUUCAUUGCUUCUGAUUAUACAUCCCCAGAAGGCCAGAAACUUUUGAGUAUAAAAAUUUGUCAGAAACCUCCAGAAAAUGAUGGAAGUGCAUCAAAAGGCAAAAACUUCUUGUCGAAAAGAUCAAUUUCAGAAUAUUUUUUAAGCAAGAAUGGAGUUGAAAAAGAAAUGCAUGAUGACAGGCAUACAGAUAGUUUGCUCAAAUCUUGGCAACGAACAUUAUUUAAACCUCAAGUGCUGUUACCUCAUCCAAUUGAUGAUCAUAAUAAUUGUGAUACAAUAAACAUCUCCCCUAGGCAAGAUUCUGAGCAAGAUGUAACUAUAUCACAUUCAGUUGCAAAUGAUAUGCCUUUACCUUCUAAUAAAAGUAGUUAUUCUUUGCAAAUGCAACAAGAUGUGCUUAAUUCUUUAGACAAUGAGCCAUGUGCAUCUGGAACUUUCAAGGAAUGUAAUGAAGACAGAAAUAUUUAUAGUGGAACAUCUGAUGAGAAUUUGCCUCUCAAAAAUUAUAAUUUAAAUCCUAAUGUUAAUUUUAAAGUUUUUGAUAUUGAAUCACUAAGUGAAUCUGGAGAACCUUGUGACAAUGGUUCUGUAGAAAAUAAUGCUCAUUUUGGUUUAGAUGAUGCUUGGUUUAUUCCCAGUGCUCGUCAUACAUUUAGUGGAGCUGAUAUAUCUGGCUCUGCUUCAGCGGCUCAGCUUAGUAUUGCUAGCAGCUUUGGUGAUAAUAGUUUACCGACGUGUAAAAUAUGUCACACUGCAGCUAAACCAGAUGAUCCAUUAAUUUCUCCAUGUCGUUGUACUGGGACUCUCCGCUACAUUCACUGUGGAUGUUUAAUGAAAUGGCUUGAAAUAUGUAACAAGAGAUCUCGAAAGCCUCCUACUUGUGAACUUUGUAAAUAUCAGUUUCAUUGGCACAAGAAAUUUAAGGUUGGGCAGUGGCAGUUUCCUCAUUGCUCUUGGCAAGAUAAAAUAUUGCAUACUGUUUUUCUUAUAUCCGUUUUAAUCAUGAUUGGAUGUGCAGUCGUCACAGUGAUGUGCUUUAAACAACACAGAGGAACUAAAGCAGAAAUUACGCAUUUAGAAUUGACUCAAUCUGAAAUUAUUACUCUUAUCUGUGGUGCAUUAUUUUUUCUAGCGUUUUUCUUAGCUAUGUAUGUAGAAAUUAAAGCUAGAAAUACAAUCUAUAAGCUCAUGCUCAAAUUUAUAUAUCUGAAUCAACAAUGGUACAUUGAUGAAUAUGAUAAGAAAAAAGAAAAUGCUGCAAUAGAUGUAUGAAACCAUUUGCUGAAAAAUGUAAUACUGCUAUAGGAAAGCCUUUUUGCCAUUUCUUGAACUGUUGUUAAAUAAAAGUACAGCUUAUUUUUUAAACUGCAAUGUACAAAGGAUUUACUUUAUCACUGUAAUAAAAGUUUUUAGGAAUUGAGCAUUUAGCUUUUUAUAUUGCAAUUUGUAAUGUGGGUUUAAAAAUACCCAUGUCAUCUAAAGAUGAAUUCUUUUUCUCUCUUUUUAAAAUGUAAUUCUAAGCAGAAUACCAGAUUUUUAUACAUUUGUACAUAUGUUUUCUAACAUUUUUUACUUCCUUUUUUAAUAAGUAAGCUAUUAGCAUGAUACAAAACUAAUUUUCAAUAGCUUUGAAUUGUACACUUUUAUCUUCUUCAUUAUUCUAUUCAGAUAAAUUUAACCUAAAAAUUAUGCAAAAAUAAAUAACAAAAAAAUUGUAGCUCAUAUCUCCAAGUUGGUUUUAAAAAUUGUUCUGUAUAUAAAUGUUUGGGAAAAUUACCCUUUUCAAUGCAGCCAUCUUUAGAUAUUUCAAAUAAAGUUUUAAUGAUAGUUUUUAGUUACAUUUUUAAUGCAAUGCCUUUUAUUCAGAAAACUUAGUGUACAAUAUUGUUAAAUAAAAAGUUGUAGCAUUAAAUUUUGAAUAUGUAAAAUAUUAACUUCAAUAUUCUCAAAUUUUGAGUGUUAAAAAAAAAAAAAAUCUUAAAUGUGCGUUUGAAAAACAUUUUCAAAUUCAUUGAUAGUUAAUAAAAUUGUAUGAGAUUUAUAAAAAUAUUUGGUUUUUUUCAUUGCUACCUUAAUUUAUAAAUUUUGUAUAUGUCUCUGAAAUUAGUGUGCAUAUCCAUUUUGCUUUCAUGCAGAACAUAAAUAUUAAAAACCUGUGGCCAUACAGAUAUGCCAAAUGUUUGUACUUCCGUUCUCUUUUGUUCAUAUUCUAGUAAAAAUCUUUAGCAGACUCAUUACUAAAUAUUUGUUGAUCAAUUAAAUUGGAUACAGUUUAAUCCCAAUUAAUGUUUGUCUAGGGACUAAAAAAAGUUGUUUGUAAAUCAAUAAUGUUGUUUAAUCUUAGAGCAUAGGCAUUCAAUGCAGUAAAAUGUGUCAUUAAAUUGAAAAUUUUUAAAUCUGGUAUCGUUAAAUCAAAGUUAUAUUGUAUUUGUAUGAAUUUUUUAGUUCAUUAAAAAAAUUUCCUUAUACUUGUAAUUUUGCACAAUGUGCAAAAAAAUUUAUUAGCAUGUCAUUUUUUCAUUCCUUAUUGUUGUUACUUUGUAGACCUAAAAUAUUCAUCAAAUAUUUAAAACUAUUGUCACCAAUUUUAUAUACAUGAUACAUUUAUAUAUGCAUUGCAUGUUUUCAUCAUGUUGCCAAGUUUUUCUUAAAAUGUAUAUUGGUAGACAUGAAAGGCAAUAAUGUGAUUAGAUUUUCUUUCAAGAUUCUACGAAAAUGAAAGGAAAGAAAAGAAUAAUUUUAUUACAUAUACACAUAUUGUGAACUAAUGGCCCAAAAAAAAAAAAAAAAAAAAAAAAAAAGUUAGCUUUUUUUUUUCCUAAUCAACUUUCCAUAUUCAUGCAUGAAUUUUGCUUUUAUGUUACGUUUAAUACCUUUUAUUUUCAAUAACAAUAUAAUUCAGAAAAUUUUCUUAAAUUGCAACAAAAAAGUAUUAGCCUGAGAUAUUUUAAUUAAUUAUCAAAUAUGUUUCUUUCAAAUCUAUAUUUUAUUCUUUACUUCCAUUAAAACCUCUUAUAUCAAAGUUUAAAUUGUUAAUUCAGAUUAUUGAUCUUUUAUAUAUGAAUGCACUGAAAUGUAUGAAACUAAAACCUGAAGGAUUAAUAAUACACUUUGUAUAUUGCAUUUUAGCUUUUAUAGAUUUUUACUCUCAACUGUAGAAAUAAUCAAAGUAUUAAAGAAUAUAAUAUAUACAUAGUGAUAUACUGAUUAAUGUGUAGUUAUUGAGUAAGUUUAAGACAUCUCUGUUGUAAGAUUUUUUUUUUUUUUUUUUUCAUUCAUCCAUUUAUUUUUUUCCAUUCAAAUCAUCAUAAGCAAA